AUGAACUUGUGGAUGCUAAGAUCAUUGGUAAUGUUUCUGCUCCUACCUUUUGUACAAGGAGCCGAUGAGGAGGACAUCCGAGCCGGCUGCAGCACAGCGAUGAAUGAUCUGGUUUACAUUCUCGACGGCUCCUGGAGCGUGGGCUACACCGACUUCGACACGGCCAAGAGCUGGGUGAUCAACAUCACCAGCGGCUUCGACGUGGGCCCCCAAUACACCCAGGUGGCCGUGGUCCAGUACAGCGACACCCCCCGGCUGGAGAUCCCGCUGGGCGAGCACCAGAGCGGCCAGGAGCUCAUCCGGGCCGUCGACGCCAUCCCCUACCUGGGCGGCAACACGCAGACAGGCCGGGCCAUCAAGUUCGCCACCGACCACGUCUUCCCCUCCUCCCAGCGCGCCCACGCCGCCAAGAACCGCAUCGCCGUGGUUGUGACCGACGGCAAGUCCCAGGACGACGUGGUGGACGCCAGCGUGGAGGCUCGGGCCCAGAACAUCAUCCUGUUCGCCGUGGGCGUGGGCAGUGAAAUCACCACCUCCGAGCUGGUGUCCAUCGCCAACAAGCCGUCCUCCACUUACGUGCUGUACGCUGAGGACUACACCACCAUCGACCGCAUCCGGGACGCCAUGGAACAGAAGCUGUGUGAGGAGUCUGUGUGCCCUACGCGGAUUCCCGUGGCGUCACGGGACGAGAAGGGGUUCGAGCUGAUGCUGGGCAUGAAGAUGACCCAGAAGGCCAAGAAGAUCCAGGGUUCCCUGGCGUCAGAGGCAGGCUACCUGCUUAGCGCACGGGUGGACAUCACAGAGAGCACCAAGGACAUCUUUCCAGAAGGACUCCCUCCUUCCUAUGUGUUUGUGGCAACCCUUCGGCUAAAGGCCCCAACCAACCUGGAGAAGUUUGACCUGUGGCGUGUGCUGUCCAAAGAUGGUGUCACUCAGGCUGCUGUGACCUUAAAUGGAGGAGACAAGUCUGUCACCUUCACCACCACUAACAGCAUUAACCAGGAGCAGAUUGUCAGCUUCAGCAAUCGUGACCUCAGGAAGCUCUUUGAUGAAGACUGGCACCAGCUGAAGCUGCUGGUGAAGCCCAGGCGUGUCACUUGCUUCCUGGACGACGUGCAGGUGGAGGAGCGUAUCCUGGAGCCGUCGGUCCCCAUCUACAUCAACGGGAAGACGCAGAUCGCCAAGGAGUCCGAGACGGAGACCACAGUCCCUAUUGAGGUUCAAAAGUUGAGGCUUUACUGUGACCCUCAGCAAAGUGAGAGAGAGACAGCCUGUGAAAUCUACUCUGUGGAUGAUGAGAGGUGCCCCCUAGACCGGGAGCCCAGUGUUGAGGAGUGUGACUGCCCAGAUGGCAAACCUGGACCUCCUGGCCUCCCUGGACCAAUGGGUUUCAGGGGUGAGAAAGGGAGGGCAGGACCACCAGGCCCUGACGGUAAGCCUGGUAUCCGAGGUGAGCCUGGAAUUCCAGGAGACCCUGGGUUACCAGGGUUAAAGGGUGAAGCAGGCCCUCCUGGGCCCAAUGGAGAUCCAGGCCUGAGGGGCAGCAAAGGUGAUAGAGGAGAGCAGGGCCUGCCAGGGAUACCAGGGCCCCCAGGACCCCAGGGACCAGCUAGUGCACGGUUAAAUGUGGGUACCAUGGGAAUGCCAGGGAAAAAGGGAAAUAAAGGUGAGAUGGGAGCACCAGGACUUCCUGGACCAUCUGGACCAAUGGGAGAGCCGGGAGAGCCUGGUAAAGAAGGGCCGGCUGGAGCGGCGGGGCAGAAGGGUGAAAAGGGAGAAGUUGGAUUGCCUGGUGCUGAUGGACAGAGAGGAGCUCCGGGUUUCCGAGGCCUUCCUGGAGAGGUGGGGCCAAUGGGACCGCAGGGGGAAAGAGGGAUGCCAGGACUGAAAGGAUUGGCAGGACCAAAAGGACCUUCGGGGAUCCAGGGCCCUGUGGGGCCACCGGGACUGGAUGGACGUGACGGCCCAAAGGGGAGCCCCGGAGAGCGUGGGACAGCGGGGUUUCCUGGCCUGCCCGGACCCAAGGGUGCACAGGGAGAGCCAGGGGUUCAAGGGUUACCGGGAGCUAUGGGAAUGCCAGGGUUUAAAGGACAAAAGGGUGAGCUGGGAGAAACUGGUCCUAAAGGAAGUCAGGGCGAGCGAGGCAGUGAUGGAGCUCCAGGGAGACCCGGAACUCCGGGCGAAGCUGGACUCAGGGGAAGCAAAGGAGAGAAAGGCGCAGCGGGAGAUAUGGGAGCCAGGGGGCCUGAUGGGAAGAAGGGUGAUGUUGGACCAAUCGGAGGCGUCGGGGCACGCGGUCCUCCAGGCCAGGAUGGGUUACCAGGGCAACCAGGUGUGCCUGGGUAUCCAGGGAAGCCAGGAAAACCUCCUUCAGACGAACAUUUGAUGAAGCUUUGCAGUAACGUAUUGCGGAAUCAGCUACCUCAGCUGCUGCAGACCAUGGUGCCGAGCCGAUGCCAGCCGUGUGAGACAGUGCCGGGGCCUCCGGGUGAACCAGGGGCACCUGGUUCCAAGGGUCCCGCUGGGCCCCCAGGAUAUCCAGGCAGGGCUGGCUCACAGGGGUACCCCGGGCCCCCAGGCAUGCAAGGGCCCCAGGGAAUUAAAGGUGACACUGGGCCAAGAGGAUUUAAAGGUUCCAAAGGCGAGGGUCGUCCUGGAUCUCCAGGCCCACCUGGACCAAUAGGGCUCCAGGGCCCUCGGGGAAUUGAUGGAGAAGGUCCUCCCGGACCUCCUGGCAUCUCAGGGAAGUCUGGAAUGCCCGGCGUCCCAGGGAAACGUGGCCCACCAGGCCCAGCAGGGGUGUGUGAUAUGUCCAUUUGCUACCAAGCCUACAGCCUCAGGGAGAACCGAUUCAGCAAAGGGCCCAACUUCUAG